AUGCCUGAAGUAGAUUACUUACCUCCAGUAGAUUACUUACCUCCAGUAGAUUACUUACCUCCAGUAGAUUACUUACCUCCAGUAGAUUACUUACCUCCAGUAGAUUACUUACCUCCAGUAGAUUACUUACCUCCAGUAGAUUACUUACCUCCAGUAGAUUACUUACCUCCAGUAGAUUACUUACCUCCAGUAGAUUACUUACCUCCAGUAGAUUACUUACCUCCAGUAGAUUACUUACCUCCAGUAGAUUACUUACCUCCAGUAGAUUACUUACCUCCAGUAGAUUACUUACCUCCAGUAGAUUACUUACCUCCAGUAGAUUACUUACCUCCAGUAGAUUACUUACCUCCAGUAGAUUACUUACCUCCAGUAGAUUACUUACCUCCAGUAGAUUACUUACCUCCAGUAGAUUACUUACCUCCAGUAGAUUACUUACCUCCAGUAGAUUACUUACCUCCAGUAGAUUACUUACCUCCAGUAGAUUACUUACCUCCAGUAGAUUACUUACCUCCAGUAGAUUACUUACCUCCAGUAGAUUACUUACCUCCAGUAGAUUACUUACCUCCAGUAGAUUACUUACCUCCAGUAGAUUACUUACCUCCAGUAGAUUACUUACCUCCAGUAGAUUACUUACCUCCAGUAGAUUACUUACCUCCAGUAGAUUACUUACCUCCAGUAGAUUACUUACCUCCAGUAGAUUACUUACCUCCAGUAGAUUACUUACCUCCAGUAGAUUACUUACCUCCAGUAGAUUACUUACCUCCAGUAGAUUACUUACCUCCAGUAGAUUACUUACCUCCAGUAGAUUACUUACCUCCAGUAGAUUACUUACCUCCAGUAGAUUACUUACCUCCAGUAGAUUACUUACCUCCAGUAGAUUACUUACCUCCAGUAGAUUACUUACCUCCAGUAGAUUACUUACCUCCAGUAGAGUCGACCAUGUCCACAGUUGAGAUCGUAUAUCUUCCUGGUCUUCUUCCUCCACCGCAUCAUGUAAUUGUAUUGAGAUAA